AUGGUGAGGUUGAGCAGAUACGAAAAACUGCAAAAGGUGCAAAAUGCUGAAACUUACAAACCACUGCUGGACGAUCUGACUCAGUGUAAUGAAGCGGAUUUUUUAGAGAAGCUGAGAAAUAUUCAAGAAUGGGAUAGGUCCAGAGAUGACCUUUUUGUGUGGACUCCGGUCCUAAACAGGAUGGAUGAUAUGAUGUCUGAGAUUGUGAAGAAAUACUCGUACAAGACUUCGGAUUUUAAGAAGUAUCCAGUCAAGUUAGUCGAAAUGUCAAAGGAGGACGAAGCUACGUGUGUCGAUUUGAUGGAAUUUACCGCGCGGCUGCUAUGUAAUACGGAAAACAGGUACAUUUAUUCGUCGAUGGACAACAUGGAUAGCCUGCUGAACUGUCCCAAUUUUAAGGUGAAAUUAUGUGCAGUGAAAGUACUGGCUAUAAUGGGAGAAAGAUAUAUCAUAGCCCGUGAGAGAAUACAAUCGGACAAUAUCCUCGGGGAUUCUUACCUCAAGAAAAAAGCUUUAAAGCUGGCAUUAUGUUUGCCAUCGUCAACGAUGGAUGAUGACGGAGACCAUUUCUCGUUGGUAGAUUUAUAUUUUGGCAAGAAAACAUACCCAAGUAAGUGGUCAAAAUUAAAGUACACGUAUUACACACCAGUAACGUCGCCCGGAAAAGCAGCGAAUUCUGGAACCAAGGAUGUGGCAGGGCUAUCGUCACCAAUGAAAAAGUUUAGUCUUUCAAAGGAUGAAUUGCGCAGCCAUUCUUUACAACAGUUAUUCGAUAAGGGCAUGGAGAUAUUGCCAGCGGAGGAUUGGUUUGAAUAUUCUUUGCGAGUCACUAUAUCUAAGGCGUUCAGUGAUGAUACUUAUGAAAGUAAAGAAUUGAGGAAUAUAAUUCUGAGAACCAAAUUCAAUGCCAUGGCUCUGGUUAAUACAAUUUUCAUACCACCGCAAGUCAGUUCCAAGAUGUUUGAGCUGGAUCCAUAUGCAUUCAAUAGUUUAACGGAUUUCAUUUCUCUUUCUGAAACUAAAGUACCUAAAGAGCUGAGGCUGGACUGUUUAUUUGCCCUGGAAUGUGUCUCUCUGAAGCAUGUCUGGUGUUCAGAUAUUGUCAGAAAUAUGGGUGGUAAUAUGUCUCAUGGUUUGCUUUCUCAAAUUCUACGUUACAUUGGUAAAAUAUUGCGGGAAAACUCCCCAGAGGUCGAUGAAGAAUAUAACGUUCGGUUUUUCUAUCUAAUCUCAAAUUUAGCCGAUGUCAAGACAUUACAUGAGAGCCUUGUAUCUGCAGGUUUAAUAUCAAGUCUCCUGGAUAUCAUAUCUGUGAAGCGAUCAAAUUAUAGACGGACCUUGGCUUCCGCAACGCAUCUUUUGGAGGCUGUUAUCAACGACGGCGAUUCGACGGCAGAGUUCAUAAAUAACAAUGGGUUCAAUAUACUGAUCAACUCCUUCACGGACGAGGUAAACUUCGCUUUGGAGAAUCCAGACUACGGUAGCCCUCCCAAGUACUCAUUAGUCUACUACUCAGUCUCUUUCAGGCAGCUAGCCUAUAUCAGAAGCCUGUCGAAGCUGGUUUUGAAACUUCUAAAGACUGAUUCCGGUGAUAGGAUAAGAAAUCUCAUCGACUCCCCAAUCCUUGUUUCUUUGAGAAAAAUUUUAGAAAAUAGACCAGUAUUUGGUUACACCCUAAUAACCUACGUUUUGGAUAUCAUUCAGAGAGUUAUAAACAGUGAGCCAACUAUCUAUCCAAUAUUAGUCGAAGCGGGGAUCGUUCCAUAUAUCAUAAAUCAUUUUUCAGAGUUUAUGGGACCAUAUUCUGGUCUGAUCUCCAUACUUCCAGAUGUGAUCUCCGCCCUAUGCUUGAACACUGACGGUCUGAAACAAGUGAAAGAAAAAAACAUGAUCUCAUUUUUAUUCGAAGCUGUGACAAAGCCCGAAUAUGCGAGAAUCUUGUCCUGGAAGGAAGAGGCUACUGAUCUAGGUGCCUCUGUUGAUGAACUGGCAAGGCACUACCCUGAAUUGCGGUCUAGUAUUUUAGAUUGUUUCGUUGAGAUUGUAAACAAGCUUCCUCGCCAAGUUGAGUUCAAUCAGCCUUACCUUUAUACCUCUGCAAACGGUGGAGAACUUUUCUAUCAAAGUAAGGAUGAACCUGUAAUAGAAUAUGAGGAGAAUGCCGAGGAAUUGGCUUUUUGGGACGUUCAAAAAUCGACUCCUAUCGUUGAUUGCUUUGCCGAUAUUUUCUAUGGAAUGACGCUCGAAAACUCAACACUAGAGGGAUUCGUAGAGAAGAUAGAUUUCGAAAGUUUGCUCUCCAUUAUUGUAAUGGAGAGACCUCCUUUCGAUUACACCACUUCUCAGGCAUUACUAAAUUUUACCGAUGUUCUCCAGUUAUUCGACGAACAGCAGAGCGAAUUUGCAUUUCCUGCGAUAAUGAAGGUUCUGGAUGAAGACCUACAAUCAGUCAGAUCAUUUUUGACCUCCAAUAAUGAAACCAGUUUCUUGUUGCAGACCAAGGCCGAUAGAGAUAACACAGACAUAGAAGAAUUGUUGGCGAAGCUUCACCGUUUGUCCACUCUCCUUUACAUAGUGACGGACGCUUAUGUCAGCAUAACGUCGCUGUCCGAAAAGCGCAUUUUGCAAAUCAUGCAUUAUCUCCAAAAGGCCGGUUUUGGUCUCAUUGAGAACUUAGGAUUGCUCUUCCAAAAGUGCGCUCUAGAAGAAAUGUAUUUGACGAGGCAGAUGCCUGACCAGGCCAUCACACUCACUCAGCCAUCUCCAAUCGGUAAUGUCCCACCUGUUCAGAUUCAUGUGACAAAGCCUACAACACGCGAGUAUAAGGACAACUACACAUCAGCUAAGCUGAAAAACUCCCUGGAGGUAAGAGCUGUUCUAAAUAAAGCUCAAAGCUGUACUGCUAUGCUAUUCAGGUGCUUGCUGAGGUUAAGCCAUGCCAAGAAUAUUGAGCUAGAGAGCUCCGACAGGGCGCUUGAGGUACAUAUCUUUGAUGAGACAACCAAACAGAUUGUUAGCAUGAUGCAGGCCGUUCAGCUCGAGAAUAACAUUCCAUAUUUCUUAGUGCUCGCAGAUUUCAAUAACCAUAUUUUUACAUUCCCAAGGACAACAGUCGCCGGGAUGGGGAUGAUACAAACAGUUCCUGCGUAUUUAUUUUACCAAAACGGGGGCUAUAAAGUCUAUUUCGAAGCAUUAAAGGUACUUUUUGACAAGGUGUCGAAGUUCACGGAUAUGUCCGCAGUUGAGGAGGUGGAUUACUUGAAAAACUCAGAGGACAUACUGACACUCAGUUGCCUGCUGAACAUGCUCAACUUCUUUAAUAAGUCCAUGCAAUUCGAUUCGAUGGAGAAUAUCAGCAGCGUUGAGUCAUUUUAUCCCCAUAUGCUCGAUGACUACAAUCUUACCAAGGCGCUCAUGGUACUUGUUAAAAUUUUGGCGCUAGGACUGAUUUUUGAAUUGAGUGAAUCCGGCUUAAUUUUCAAUCGGCAGAGACGCUCAGUACCUUACGCUGCAUGCAAGCAAGUUCUUACGUUAUUGAAGAAUAUAUUUUCUGAUACGAACGAAGAAGAUGAAGAGUUCUUUGAACUGCGCUGGGACCUGAUACCGCCUUCAAGACGAAAAAUCCAGCUUUUAAAGGCGUGCGGCAUGUCCGAAGACGCAGCAAGUGUAUAUCUGCUCGAUAAUGAUGAUGAGCUUCCAUCGCAUGAGAAGCCUGCCGCUUUCAAUGAAGAUCAAUGGUUAAAAUAUCAGUCUAUUCUGAAGAAUGAUACUUGGCAGCUCCAUCCACUUCCCUUGGAACCCCAGUAUGAGCAGAAAAGCUCUAAAGAUGAUUUUGAUACAAUGCGAAAUGAUUCUUUUACCGGCGACUUGGUUCAGAAAGUUUUUGAUGUAUUGCCGAACUAUCCAAAGCUCGUUAAUGCGUUUGCCAGGACACUCCUACAGAUGCUCGAAAAUUACGAUAAACCAUGUGAGAAGUUUGCAGCAAAGGUGCUGGAUAAAGUAUUGGAAACGGAUCUGCAUCAAUGCACAUCGCUCUCCUCUUUAAUACAUCUUUUUGGUAUUUUUCUGAACGAGAAGUAUGUUUACGAAAACUCUGAAGACCAGAUCCAUCGCUUUUUGGCGUACCUGCAGCAGUCAUUGAAUCCUGAGCACAUCAACAGUCCAUGGUUCUCGAAAGCUUUGUACGUUUACGAGAUUAUACUGGCUAAAUCGGAAGUUCCUGCGGUCGACCCUAUCCCUCCCGAUGUUAACAUCCGCUAUAGAUUGCCCCCAAUGACACCAGUAUACCGAAUCUCUCCGGAUGCUAAAAAAUCGAUUUUCGACGCUUUAAUAAGAGCAGGGGAAAUAUCAAGCUUUUAUUCUGCUCUCGCUACUUGUCGUAUCUUGAUCUUUUAUGCCAGAGAUGAGAUCUAUGCAGGAGAGAUCGCACGCUCUGGUAUAUUAUCAAGGCUUCUUAAAGUUAUUGGUGUCUUUCAGAAGUCCGAGAAAAUCAACUACUUGGAGUCCUCUUUUUUAUUGCUUGCAAGGCGUUGCUUUGAAACAUCUCAGGUUGUGGAACUGCUAAUCCGCUAUGAGCUAAACAGGAGCUUUACGACAAGAAUAAUAGGCGAUCAUAAAGAAAAAGAGCGCGAUUUGACAGGCAUUGUUGAGGAAAAGCCUCACGUUGUAUUGAGAAACCCUGAUACUUUUGUGGAUAUUAUAUGUGAGCGCGCCCGCUUUCAAUCUUUCAAUGACGACGGUAAACUAACUGAAUAUAACCUUCUCAGAAGCCCUAACACAGAAGAAACAGAAGAAAGCGAAAGCAAAAACCAUCAUUCGCCAACAGCAAGCGUCUCUGAUAGGACCGGCAUUGUUCAUUUGCUAUUAACGCAACUCAUAGCAGCUUCCAAGAAAGAUUGGACAUCUGAGCCUGCAUCAACGGAUGGAGAAAAAUUUGAGAGGAAGAAUGACAAGGUGUAUCCCGCUAGGAAUCCAGUUUGCGCUUAUAUGAUGUUUUUAUUGAAGGUUUUGGUUGAGUUGGUAAGCAGCUAUAAGCAAAGCAAAUUCGAGUUUUUGACUUUCGAUAGGCGGAACUCCUACAAUGAGUUUCCUAAGCCUAGAUCAACAGCACUCAACUUUUUCCUGUAUCAAUUACUUGAUAAAUCGACAGGUGUAGAGCAGAACAAGCAUGAGGCGAAGAGGAGAGAAGUCAUCAGCAUGUUGGCUAGAUCUGUUAUAGUGGGCUUCGUAGCAACAGUACAGGACGACAAGAGUAAGAAGAGUGAUCUAAAGAGUAUUGAUCCUGAUAUGACAUUCAUACGAAAAUUCACGAUAGAGUCGAUUGUUAAAGCGUUGAAAAAUGCUACGACAUCAACGAAACUGUUGGAAGCUAACGUCAGUAAACUAGAUACAUGGUUCAAGAUCAUUUCUUCGAUGGUGUUCGUGCAAGCUCCAUAUCUGCGGCUCAUCUUGGACACAAACAAAAUCGAUGCCGACCAGUAUCAAAUCUGUAAGCUCAUGAUUGAGAUGAACGUGCCGACUGCUAUCACUGACUGCAUGGCUUUACUUGAUUUAAAUUAUCCAUUUUGCAAAAAGCUCAUGAGCAACGCUGUCGAUCCAUUAAACUCUAUCAACUCUGUGAGAAACAGUUAUGCUGAACUUUUUAAAGUGGAAGGUAAUGAUGAUGAAGUGGAGGUUGAAGAGGAUUCAGACAAAGAGAAUCCUUCUGAUAUGUUUAGAAAUUCGGCUUUGGGAAUGUAUGAUGUUGCUGACAUUGAGGAGGAUGAAGAUGAUGAAGACUCGUUGAUCGGCGAUGAUGAAGACAUUGCCUUUGUCGACGCAGAUGACGACGAAUUUGAAGUUGUGUUUAGUGACGAGAAUGGAGCUGAGGAUAUUAAUGCUAGCCAUUCAGAGUACGAGACUGAUAGCGAUGAAAGUAUGGACUCUGAAAAUGAAGGAAGCUCAUCAGAAAGAGCUGAAAUAUCUCAUGAUGAAGAUGGUUCUGAUGGUUCGUCGAGCGGGGCUGACACUAGUUACGAUGAGAGUGAUGACAUAGAGCUGAUUAGUCUCGAAGGAGGCGAUUACGGGGAGGAACUAGAGAUCGAUCUUGCUGACUACGGGAUAGAGGAAUCCGAUUGGGAAUCCGGGCUCUCUGAACUUUCCGCUUCAGAUGAGGAUGGUGAGGAUAUUGAAGGUGGAACGAAUGACGAUUAUGGUCAUGGAGUAAUAAGGCGUAGAUGGAUGACAACCGACGGUUUUGAUGUCAUUGAAGACGCAUCCGAUGAAGAAGAAGCGACCGGGACAUUUCAGGGCAUUGAGCAUGUCUUCCAUAGUGAGGCACAACCGUUAUUCAGGGUACAGGAUGGCCGGAGCCAUGGACGUCAUCACCAACGUUCAUUUCGCGGACAUGGGCAUCAAUCUCUUGGUCUACCGUCUCUCACCUUGCUAAACGGUGAUCGCAGGCACCAGAGCAACCUGGUCAACCCACUAGGGCCAUCAAGCUUGGAAGAAGUUGAGAAUGGACUAUCGGAUCAGUUAGUCAACGUGGGUUCGGGCUCUCGCUACAGGUCACAGAAUACACAUUUUGCUGGUGUAUUGUUCUCCGGUGAGUUCUUCGAUGAGAGAGCUCCCGAUGGUAUUGUCCUGAAACCAACAGUCUCGAGAUGGAAGGAUAUUUUUGAUAUGUUCUAUGAUAGUAAAAGCUAUGCAGCUUAUGUUGUGCCGACAAUCAUAUCAAGGCUGUACAAACCGAGUCUGGAGGCGUACCGAGAAGCAAGACGUAGGGAAGAAGAAGAGAAGGAGCGCACCAAGAUGAAAAGCCCUGCUGUCAAACCAAAAAAUCAAAGUACGUCAUCAACAGAAGAGCAUAAUGCUCUGUCCGUUGAAAUGGAAGAAGAGCAUGCUGAUCAUGAGCCUGUUUAUGUGAUUAUAGAUGGUGCCGAAGUUGACAUUGGCGGGACUGACAUAGACGCGGAAUUCUUAAAUGCUCUCCCAGAGGAUAUUAGAGCGGAAGUUUUCGCACAACAUGUUAGGGAACGGAGAGCAGAAGCCAUGCAAAAUGAAAUACACUCGAGAGAAAUUGAUUCAGAUUUCUUGGAUGCUAUUCCGGAAAAUCUCAGAGAGGAAAUUUUGGGCCAAGAGGCAGCAGAAUCCAGAUUCUCAACUAUUGUUCGAACCAUGCAUGAGCACGAAAAUGAAGAAAUGGACGAGGAGAUGAUUAGUGGCGAUGAAGGCACCAAUGGUCCAGGAACCGCUACCACGGAUCGUGGUAAUGAGACGGAGAAAAAGAAGUCUGGUCGUGUUUAUUUCUCCCCGCUUGUCGAUCGCGUGGGCAUCGCUGCAAUUAUGAGAUCUAUCUUCAUAUCCCAGCCUUAUGUCCACCGUGAAAUUUACCACGAACUGUUGUAUCGUUUGUGUUCCAGCAAACAAAACCGAAGUGACAUCAUCAAUAUAUUGCUGAUUAUUUUGACAGAAGGAGUGGUCGAUCAGCAUUCGUUGGAAAAGGUUUAUAAUUUGAUCUGCUCCCGAGCUCAUGGAGCUAAUAAAGCUCAAGCGGGCGGUACUACACGGCUGCUGCCCGCUGAUUGCACUCCUCUGGUUGUUGCAAAUCAAGCCAUUGAAGUGUUGCAAAGCUUAAUUGAUGCUGAUAACCGUCUCAAAUACUUCUUUAUUACAGAGCAUGACAAUUUGAUGGUCAACAAAGCACCCAUCAAGAAUAAGAGGGAUGUAUUCAAUAAAAACUUGAAAUGGCCGGUCAAAUAUUUAUUUGCUCUGUUAGAUCUGAAGAUUAUCACGGAUGAAAGCGUUUUGAUGGAUUUAUUGACAAGAAUACUUCAGGUUUGCACGAAGCCCAUUGGAGCAAUAGCCAAGAAUUCGGACGAUGGGAAUUCAAAGCGCAAGUUUCCUAUCCCAUUUUUUGAUGAUGGCGACUUCGAGAAACUCGUUUCCAUCAUAAAGUUAGAAAGUUGUAAUACAAGAGUAUUCCAGCAGACGUUGAACAUCAUGCAGAAUCUUUCAAUUUUGAAUGGUGCCGUUGGUGUUUUCACGAAAGAGCUAAUUUCUAUGGCUCUUGAAACUGUUAAGACCCUCAUUCCUGAUUUGGAGGCCUUCACUCUUGAAGGUGCCUCUGCGGCAACCGGUAACGAGAUUAAUUCAGAGCUUGUCCAAAAGUUCACUGUCCCUAGUUCUGAUCAGGCGAGAUUGCUUAAGGUCUUGACGGCUGUUGAUUAUAUACACAGUCAAAAGAAGACGAUGUCGGAGGGAGAUGUGAGCAAACUGAUGGUAGUUUACGAGAAAAUGAAUCUUGGGGAAGUUUGGUCCUCUUUAAGUAAGUGUCUCUUUGAAUUUGAGAGGCAAGAAAACUUGAGUACUUCGGCAACCGUGCUUCUACCUCUUAUUGAGUCUCUCAUGGUGGUUUUCAAGCACGGUAAAGCACCUCAAAAUAAGGCUGUCACUUUGAAAUAUGAGGACGAGAAGAAGCUUCAAAUUGCGCAGCUGCCUGUCGACCAAUUGUUCUUUCAUUUCACCGAAGCCCACAAGAAACUGUUAAACCAGAUGAUUCGGUCGAAUCCAAAGUUGAUGAGCGGGCCUUUUGCAUUAUUGGUCAAGAAUCCCAAAGUUUUGGAUUUUGAUAACAAACGUUAUUUCUUCAUUGCGAAGUUGGGCACGGAAACCCAUGACAGGCCUAAAUUGAGCAUUACGGUGCGUCGUGAACAAGUAUUCUUGGAUUCUUACAGAGCUUUGUUUUUCAAAUCUAACGAUGAUAUCAAGAAAUCCAAGCUUGAGAUCACCUUCAAGGGUGAAAGCGGUGUGGAUGCGGGUGGGCUAACCAGAGAAUGGUAUCAAGUUCUAUCGAGGCAGAUGUUUAACCCUGAUUAUGCUUUAUUCUUACCCGUGGAGUCAGACAAAACGACUUUCAGGCCAAAUCGAACAUCUGGAAUCAAUCCGGAGCACUUAUCAUUUUUCAAGUUUAUUGGUAUGAUCAUUGGUAAAGCUAUUCGCGAUCAGUGCUUCCUGGACUGCCACUUCAGUCGGGAGGUUUACAAGAACAUCCUUGGCAGACCAGUGUCAUUGAAAGACAUGGAAUCUCUAGACCUAGACUACUACAAAUCAUUAGUGUGGAUUCUCGAGAAUGAUAUUACAGACGUCAUAGAAGAAACUUUCUCAGUUGAAACCGAUGAUUAUGGUGAGCAUAAAAUCAUCGAACUAGUCGAGAAUGGUAAAAAUGUUCCUGUUACUGAGGCAAACAAACAAGAUUAUGUUAAGAAGAUUGUUGAGUACAAACUGCAUGCCUCAGUGAAAGAGCAGAUGGAUAACUUUCUGCAAGGGUUCUAUGCUUUAAUACCAAUCGAGCUUAUCUCCAUCUUUGAUGAGCAGGAGCUGGAGCUUCUGGUCAGUGGUUUACCAGACAUCGACGUGGAUGAUUGGAAAAAUAAUACAACUUACGUUAACUACACUGCAAACUGUAAGCAGAUCAACUAUUUCUGGAGAGCAGUGAGAUCAUUUGACGCAGAAGAACGCGCCAAGCUACUGCAAUUCGUCACCGGUACCAGCAAAGUUCCGUUGAACGGUUUCAAGGAACUAACAGGUGUCACUGGAGUUUGCAAAUUCUCUAUUCAUAGGGACUAUGGAUCUACUGAUAGAUUGCCGUCGUCUCAUACUUGCUUCAAUCAACUAAACCUCCCAGCCUACAGCUCAUACGAGACGCUUCGCGGAUCUCUGUUGCUCUCUAUCAACGAAGGCCAUGAAGGAUUCGGCAUUGCUUAA